AUGGCAACAACAACGGCUAUUUUUCUGUGGUUCCUCGGCGUGACAACCUUAACAUGCGGCGCCACCAUGUCGGAGAUGGAAGCCUUAACAGCGUUCAAAACAAAACUCGACGACCCACUUGGCGCAUUGGAAGGGUGGGACCCAUCCACGCCAUCGGCUCCAUGUGACUGGCGUGGCAUUCUCUGUUACCAAAACCGAGUUUUCGAACUCCGUUUGCCUCGUCUGCAACUCAGUGGUCCACUUAGUGACUCGCUCUCGAAUUUGUCUCAACUCCGCAAACUAAGCCUCCAUUCGAACAACUUCAACAACUCUAUCCCUCACUCGCUUUCACAUUGUUCCCUUUUACGUGCAAUUUACCUUCACAACAACUCUCUCAGUGGAAAACUUCCCUCAUCACUUCUCAACCUCACAAACCUUCAAGUUCUCAACGUUGCUUAUAACUCUCUCUCCGGUUCUGUCACCGACAACAUAUCAAAUUCUCUACGGUUCCUAGAUUUGUCUUCAAACGCUUUCUCUGGUUACAUGCCGGGUAAUUUUUCUUCCAGCUCUCAGCUAAAGCUGAUUAACUUGUCUUAUAAUCGUUUCAAUGGUGGAAUACCCGUCACCGUUGGAGCGUUGGAAAAGCUUGAGUAUCUGUGGUUAGACUCUAACAUGCUUCAGGGGACUCUGCCUUCGGCUCUUGCGAAUUGCACCUCGCUGAUUCAUCUAAGUGCUGUGGAUAAUGCUCUUACUGGGUUGAUACCUUCUUCUACGGGAAACAUGGGGCAGCUUCAAGUUUUGUCUUUGAUGCAGAAUCGGUUCUCGGGAUUGGUACCCUUUUCAUUGCUUUGCAAUGUGCACUUGAGGAUUGUUCAACUUGGCUUCAAUGCGCUCACGGGCAUUCCUGAGCUAAAGAAUCAAAAUUGCGUUAGUUUCUUGGAGGUUUUGGACCUUAAAGAGAAUCACAUUCGCACUGCAAUGACUGCAUUGUGGUUUAAUGCUACCACGUUAAGGGUUCUAGAUCUUUCUGGAAACUCUUUGUAUGGUGUGUUGCCGGUUGAUAUUGGGAAUCUCUUGGGGUUAGAGGAGCUUAGGCUGGCUAGGAAUUCAUUAUCUGGAAGAGUUCCUUCCGAGAUUGUUGAAUGUAGGUUGUUGAAGGUUCUUGAUCUUGAGGGGAAUAGGUUUUCUGGUUUGGUUCCUUCUUUUCUUGGUGAAAUAAGGAGUCUCAAGAUGUUAUCUCUUGGGGGGAACAUGUUUACUGGUUCCGUUCCCAAGAGUUAUGGAACUCUUUCUGAGUUAGAGACGUUGGAUUUAAGCAAUAAUAUGCUGACAGGGAUGAUACCCCAAGAGAUCAUGAAAUUAGGCAACAUGAGUGUUUUGAAUCUUAGCAAUAACAGGUUUUCAGACCAAGUUUUAGCUGAUAUUGGGAAUAUGAAUAUGAUGAUAGCUUUGGAGGUUCUUAAUUUGAGCCAGUGUGGGUUUUCAGGAAGAGUUCCUGCUACUUUUGGUAAUUUGAUGAAACUAAAAGUGUUGGAUUUUAGCAAGCAGAGGCUUUCAGGUGAGUUGCCAAUUGAGCUUUUUGGAUUGCCAAGCCUGGAGGUUCUUUCACUUCAAGAGAACCGUUUAUCUGGUGCUCUUCCUGAGGGUUUAAGCAGUUUGGUUAGUUUAAGGUAUCUCAAUCUCUCAUCCAAUGCCUUUGUUGGCAACAUUCCCACAACCUAUGGAUUUCUUCAGUCGUUAGUUGUUUUCUCAGUGUCAAACAAUAGUGUUUCUGGUGAGAUACCCACUGAGAUUGGUAAUUGUUCUCAACUUGAAGUGCUAGAGUUGCAUUCAAAUCGUUUGCAUGCUACCAUUCCAAGUGAAAUCUCCCACCUUUCUCGUUUAAAGGAGCUUAAUUUGGGAGAUAAUAGAUUAACAAGAAACAUCCCAAAUGAAAUUUCACUUUGUUCUGCUUUGACUUCACUCUCGUUGGAUGCCAAUCACUUGAAUGGUCACAUACCAGAAUCCUUGUCAAAGCUCUCAAACCUGGUGGCAUUGGAUCUUUCUUCAAACCAACUCAACGGAGAAAUUCCAGUUAAUCUUUCACGCAUUUCAAGUUUGAAGUAUUUGAAUCUAUCCAAUAAUAAUCUCGAGGGUGAGAUUCCACAACUUCUUGGUUCUCGAUUCAAUGACCCUUCUGUGUUUGCCAUGAACCAAGGGUUAUGUGGAAAACCUUUACAUAGAGAAUGUGCAAAUGUGAGAAGGAGAAGGAGAAAACGGUUGAUAAUAUUCAUAGGCGUGGCAUUAGGCGGAACAUUCUUUUUGUUGCUGUGUUGCUGUGGCUACAUUUUCAGCUUAUUAAGGUGGCGCACGAAGCUUAGAGAAGGGGUAACAACACAGAAAAAAAGAAGCCCCACUAGUGCAAGUUCAGGAGGAGAUAAAGGAAGAGGGAGUAGUGAAAAUGGAGGACCAAAACUAGUAAUGUUCAACGGCAAAAUCACUUAUGCAGAGACAUUAGAAGCAACGAGAAACUUUGAUGAAGAAAACGUGUUAAGUAGGGGAAAACACGGUCUUGUGUUCAAAGCCUCAUACCAAGAUGGCAUGGUUCUCUCCAUUCGUCGUUUACACGAUGGAUUCAUCAAUGAGGCCACGUUCCGCAAAGAAGCAGAAUCAUUAGGCAAAGUGAAGCACCGAAAUUUAACAGUUCUACGCGGUUACUAUGCAGGAUCACAUGAUGUGAGGCUCCUUGUUUACGACUACAUGCCCAAUGGGAACCUUGGAACACUGCUUCAAGAGGCUUCACAACAAGAUGGGCACGUGCUGAAUUGGCCAAUGCGUCAUCUCAUAGCACUAGGAAUUGCUCGUGGCUUGGCUUUCUUGCACUCGGUGCCAAUAGUUCAUGGUGACGUGAAGCCUCAAAAUGUUCUCUUUGAUGCAGAUUUUGAAGCCCAUUUAUCUGAAUUUGGGUUAGAAAAGUUAACCAUAGCAACCCCAUUUGAAGCAUCAUCAUCAUCGACACCAAUUGGUUCAUUAGGGUAUGUGUCACCGGAAGCAGCAUUGACCGGUCAAGCUACGAAGGAAGGUGACGUGUACAGUUAUGGUAUUGUGUUGUUGGAGAUACUAACAGGGAAAAAAGCGGUGAUGUUCACGCAAGAUGAAGAUAUAGUGAAGUGGGUGAAGAAGCAAUUGCAAAGAGGGGAAAUUUCGGAGUUGUUGGAACCUGGGUUGUUCGAUUUGGAUCCUGAGUCUUCCGAAUGGGAAGAGUUUUUGUUGGGUAUCAAAGUGGGUCUUCUUUGUACGACACCUGAUCCUCUUCAUCGACCAUCCAUGAACGAUGUCGUUUUCAUGCUCCAAGGUUGUCGUGUCGGACCCGAGAUCCCUUCUUCUGCUGAUCUCACAACACUACCUUCCCCUGUUUGA